AUGAUUUAUCUGAAGUCUAUCAUCAAAGUUAUUGACAACUCGGGAGCACAACUAGCCGAGUGCAUCAAGGUUAUUGGCAAGGGUUCACCUAAAUCGCCAGGUAGAGUAGGAGACAGGAUUGUUUGCGUCAUACAGAAGGCCAGACCACUAACUCAGAAUAUUACUGGUACAGCUACUACAAAUAGAGUAAAAAAAGGUGAUAUUUGUCAUGCCAUAGUGGUCAGAACUAAGCAAACUAACGAAUAUAGAAGAGACGGUUCUAUGAUAAGUUUCGGCGACAACGCCUGUGUAUUGAUAAAUAAGAAUACUGGGGAACCAUUGGGUACUAGAAUCAUGGCAAAUGAUGGUGUAGUAGAUAGAACCUUAAAAGAUAAGGGAUUCAAUAAGAUCUGCUCAUUAGCUAGCAAAGCUUUAUAA